AUGCAAAUGUUUCGACACUCGUCGGCGGAUGUGUGGAAGGCGAAGAAACCAACACUGGAGAGAAGAUCAACUGAUGGGAGACGAUCAUCUGUGGUGGAUUGGAUCAAUGGAUUAAGUGAUAACAACAAUUAUAAAACGGAUCUUUGGGUGGAGAAACACGAUGAGGGGUGCGAACGAGUGACAAGAAACGGAAGUGUGUGUGCUGUUGAGGAAUCAGAACCCGAUGUGCCCACGCAACACAAGGAAGUUUUGCUGACCAAACUCAAAAUUGAGAUCAAAAACAUUAUGGCAGAGCAUGGUGCAAAAAACUAUCUGAAUCUCAAUUCGCCAUAUGUCACUUCUCUUUGUGGUGAGUAUACAAUUAGGAAACAUUCUGGAAUUCUGAAAUUCAAAAAAUCCAAAUGCUUAAUUCAGUUUAUUUCAGUCGCCGUCGACGCUUGCCUCAUGGAUGGUCUUCGUCGACGUCUUCUAACUCUUUUUAACAGUCCGUCAUCAAUGUCACUUCUUCAAAUAAUUGCCAAAUCAAACGGGUCGGCACAACAGGUUUUGGAUCAGACAAAAACGAUUGAAGAGCAUCAUACGAGUGUAAUUCCGGUGCAUUUAAUAUGGAUUCGCGAGGCGUUGUAUAUGAAAUCACUGCCCAUUAUUAUCAAUCAUUUUAUUGACUCUAAAAGAGCGGCCUUCAAGUCAUCGACAGUAGCAAAAACUUUUCCCGCGAUCUUCCCUUCCAACAUCGUACGUCGCUAUUACGAUAGCACCGCCCUUCUUAUGGAUCCAGUCAAAGGACGAUUAGUAGCCACACUUCUUUUGGCUCCGUGUAUGGUAACAUAUCGAAGAAUGAGCAGCCGAACUCAGAAAGAAGCAACUGCUGAAGAGUUGGUCGAAGGAGCAUUUAGAGCUAGAAAUGGAGAAAAUUCUGGAUCGACUUCUGGAGUCGGUGGUUCAAGGCCCCCAUUAUCGAUAACUCGUCAAGUAUCCAGCAUAGCUGCAUCGGUAGAACGCAAUGGAUCAGUUAGUCGAGACUAUGUAUUCUCUCUUCAUCAUAGCUGCAAAUCGACGCUUCUCUAUGGAAAGAAUAAUGUUUGUGUGUCGAUGAAUGGAGGAGAUUUUGCGAAGGGUGAGCCUUUUUUUUUAACUCAAGAAUUCCAAGAACUUCUCAACUUUCCAGGAUACAUGUCACUUCAAAAGUUCUACGACGGGAAUCUCACCUUGAAAUGGGUACCUAAUCAGCUUAUGCACGCCAGUUCUCAGCCCUCUUCAGGACACUCCAACAAUGGAGAAUUCACAAAUUUCUGGAAGAAUACAAUAAACAUUGAAAUGCAAGACAUCAUCUACAUUCAUCUUCAUCAGAAGGAUGAAUCAUCUCCAACAUGUCUCACUUUUGUGAACUGUGAAGGUGUGCAAUCUGCUCCAUUUCAAUUACCAGCUGGACAACAUUCAAUUGCAUUCCUUUCUUCCUUGGAAACUGGUCUAGCUCCUCUUUUACGACUUGAUCCUCCUUUAUGGACCAAUUUGACAAAAGAGAAAAUUCUGCCUCGCCUACGAAAGAGAUCAACGGCAGUUGCAAAUCCCGCUAUGCUUGACUACGUGUUCCGGUUGGUUAGGACUUCUGGAGUCGAACCGGCACCAGAGGAUAUUGAGGAUCCGUUGGCUCCGUCGCCGAUUCCACCGAUGCAUGAUAAUUGUGUCUCCCUUCCGAACUCCCCAUACAUUGUGGACAAUGUAGACAGUAUCGUCAACUCCGCCCCUUUCAGUUUCCAAAUCGGCAAGGCUUGCCAAUCGAUGCGAAACCAAAUAAUGGCUCGCGCAUUUUACGGAUGGCUCACCUAUGUCCGUCAUUUACGAACCAUCAGAACUCAUUUGUUGCAUUUGGUAGACACGAAAACUCUAAUCUGUGAUGAUGAUUGUGAUCCGGUGGAUGAGAAGUUCUGGAAGCAAUGUCGAGCGGAACCUACAAAAGAAAACGAGGAGGAAUUUUUGAAAAGAGUAUACUGGCGAGGGAUUGAAGGAGUGAACUCUAAAGAGAUUCGGAGAAUGGCAUGGCCCUAUCUGCUUGGAUUAUUUGAGUGGAAUGAGUAUCCGGAGGGAAGAUUCGAGCAGUUUACGAAACAGUACUGGGAAGACAUCGAAGAGUGGAGAGUUCUUGAAGCAGAAGUUAGAAGACGUGACGAGGAGGCGUUCCGAGCUGCCAGAGCACGAAGAGCUGGAUCUCCAGUUCGAGAAGAAUCUUGUGAAGUUUUCGAGGAUCCCAAUGAGCCAACUUGCUCUCAACACUAUGAUCGGGAGAAUUUGAUUUCUUUGUUCCGUGCAAAUCUUCAUAGAAUAGACAAGGAUGUAGAGAGAUGCGAUAGGAAUCUGAUGUUCUUCUCGAACAAAGACAACUUGGAGAGCUUGAGACGAGUCAUGUACACCUACGUCCGUCGAAAUCUCGAAGAAGGGUAUACCCAAGGAAUGUGUGACCUGCUUGCACCACUCCUGGUCACUUUUGAAGAUGAGGCGCUUACUCUCGAAUGCUUCUCAAUUCUAAUGAUCCGCCAACGUGGAAAAUUCCCACAGAGACCGGGAAUGUCAAAGUGUCUCCUAAAUUUGAGAUCAUUGAUUCAGGUUGUGGACCCUCAAAUAUAUGGACUGAUAGCUGACAUCGACUACGCACAAGCUCUGUCAUUUGCAUUCAGAUGGUUCUUGUUGGAUUUCAAGAGAGAACUUUCAUACGAAUGCACUUAUAAAGUUUGGGAAGUGAUCUGGGCUGCACAACGUCUUCGAAUCACUAACGACUUCUCAAUCUUUUUCGGUCUCGCCACGAUCACAAAUUAUCAUGAUGUCCUUAUCACCAACAACUUUGACUACACUGAUAUGAUCAAGUUUUUUAAUGGUAAGGGAGAAAAGAAACCCAUCUCUUUCCCCAUUUGUUUACCUCUUCUUUCUUCUACAGAAAUGGCCGAACGACACGAUUGUUCACGUCUUCUCUCUUCUGCACGGACCCAUGUCAAAUGUUUGCAGAACCUCGUGCAACACCUCAAAUAG